AUGACCGUUUCUCGACGCCCAAACCCGCUCGCAGCGGCGCGCACCCGCUCCAGCGCGGGCCCGUACUCGUCCCACGCAGUGCACUUCACCGUGCCCAAGCUGCCGAUGCCGACGCCGCCGUCGCUCCUCAAGCGCCAGGCGAGCCUCAGCAACGGCGGCGCGCUCUCGCCCACCACCCUGCCUCCCGUCCCCGUGUCGCGCUCGCACCCCAACUCGCCCGUGUCCCGCUUCGCGCCCCUCUCGCCCGCCAGCUCGCGCGCGUCCUCGGUGCCCGCCGAGACGCCGAGCCCCGCCACCACCCCCACCACGCCGGGCGAGACGGUCAAGCAGCUCGACUUUGCCCUCGCCCAGGUCGCGCAGAGCGUCCCCUAG